GAAAAAGAGCAAAAGGACCGACACCUAUGGUUCAUAAAUAUAAUAACUUCAAGAACAAUAGAGGAAGAGGAAGACCUCGAUACAAUAAUAAUAGAAACAAUAAUGGAAGAAGACCACAAAACAAUACAAGAAAAUCUUUCACAAAAAGAAGA